AUGGCGGCAACGGCGAGGCCGCUACCACUGUGGGGCGAGGGCUCCGCGGCAGCUGCAGGGGCGGCUGCUCCAGGGGCGGCUGCUCCAGGGGCAGCUGCUCCAGGGGCGGCUGCUCCAGGGGCGGCUGCUGCAGGGGUGGCUGCUCCAGGGGCGGCUGCUGCAAGGGCGGCUGCUCCUGGGGCGGCUGCUCCUGGGGUGGCUACUGUAGGGGCGGCUGCUCCUAGGGCGGCUACUUCAGGGGCGGCUGCUUCAGGGGAGGCUGCUUCAGGGGCGGCUGCUGCAGUGGCGGCUGCUCCAGGGGCGGCUGCUGCAGGGGCGGCUGCUCCAGGGGCGGCUGCUGCAGUGGUGGCUGCUUCAGGGGCGGCUGCUGAAGUGGCGGCUGCUCCAGGGGCGGCUGCUGCAGUGGCGCCUGCUCAAGGGGCGGCUGCUGCAGGGGCGGCUGCUCCAAGGGCGGCUGUUGCAGGGGCGGCUGCUGCAGUGGCGGCUGCUCCAGGGGCGGCUGCUGCAGUGGCGGCUGCUCCAGGGGCGGCUGCUGCAGGGGCGGCUGCUGCAGGGGCGGCUGCUGCAGGUGUGGCUGCUCCAGGGGCGGCUGCUCGAGGGGCGGCUGCUUCAGGGGCGGCUGCUUCAGGGGCGGCUGCUCCAGGGGCGGCUGCUGCAGGGGCGGCUGCUCCAGGGGCGCGGGUUAGGGCAGGGCGCCGCGGCGGGCAGCGGUGA